AUGCCCAGUGACAUAGAAGACGACUAUAUAUCUUGGAUCCAACAAUUUUGUGAGGUAUUUGGUCAUGAUUACUUUGUACAAGUAUCACAGGAUUUCAUUGAAGAUGACUUUAAUCUAACUGGUUUGUCCCUGCAAGUACCCUUUUAUAGAGAAGCAUUAUACACGAUAUUAGACUAUCAAGUAGAGACAGCUGAAGAUCACACCAACACCAAUAGCAAUAGCAUAACUACCAAUAACAAUAACAACAAUAGUAAUAAUUCACGAGGGGCAAAUAGUACGGGGAAUGGUAAUAACAGCAACAACAACAACAACAACAACAACAACAACAACAAUAGCAACAAGAAAUCCAAUAAUGCACCUGAAUUACCCAAUAAAGCUCUUUUAGCUCAUCUGGCUGAACUAUUAUACGGAUUAAUCCAUGCAAGAUAUAUUGUAUCUAAACCUGGUCUAACGGCAAUGGCAUCGAAAUUUGAAAAAAAUGAUUUUGGUUCUUGUCCAAGAUACUUUUGUGAUGGAAUGCAUUUGAUACCUGUGGGGUCAACUGAUGUACCAGGCCAAGAAACAGUUCGAUUAUAUUGUCCUUGUUGUAAUGAUAUUUAUAUACCUUCAAGCUCAAGAUAUUUGAACAUUGAUGGGGCUUAUUUCGGUACCACAUUCCCUGGUUUAUUAGUCAAGAUGUUUCCUGAAAUCGAAAAUCAAUGUCGUAUUAGAAUAAAUAAAUUUAGUGCUAAUGAUUUUGGGUUGAAGUUGUUUGGAUUUAAGAUUAAUGAGUUAAGUUCAACAGGACCAAGAAUGAAGUGGUUAAGACAGCAUCCAAAGACAGCUGAAGAUAAACAAGAAUACGAAUAUUGUGAGUAUAGUGUACCCAAAUUGAAAUUCUUAAAUGAAGAUGGAGAAGAAGAAGGAGAAGAUGCUAGUAUGGGUGAAGAAGAGGAUGACGAUGAGGAAGAAGAGGAUGAUGAUAAAACUAUGGCUAGCGAAUAA